GGAACAUUUAAUAACCACUGUGUUUCUUUUCAGUUGUUUUUGUGAUUUAUAUGCCGUGUUCAAUAGCUACUUAUGUUGUAUAUGGUGAGACUAUAGAAGCAAAUAUACUGAGUUCAGUGGCUAGUGGGCCAGCAACAACAAUAGUAUCAGUUCUGAUGACUGCGCACCUUUUGUUUGGUAUCGUCAUCGUCAUAAACCCUGUUUCCCAACAGUUAGAACACGUGUUGAAUAUACCGGAGACCUUCACGUGGAAACGUAUACUUUCUCGAACCUUGACAAUGCUAGCAGUUUUAUUCGUGGUGGAAUCUGUACCCCAUUUCUCCUCCAUCCUCUCACUGGUCGGCGGAUCCACAAUAUCUAUUCUAGCGUUUAUAUGUCCACCAUUAUUUUAUCUCAAACUGUGCCGAGGCGAUGGAAUAAAUGUUCCACUACAUACAAAAGUAUUUCUCAUUGAAAUAAUGCUUAUAGGCGUGACCGCCGGAGUGGCUGCGACUUACUCGGCGAUUUCUGAUCUGGCUGUUAACAAGUUCACAGUUCCAUGCUAUGUUGAUGCGUAUAAAGCCUGUCCUAGGUAGACAUGGAGGACCUUGUAUAUUUUCUUAGAAUGACUACAGUUAAACAAACACUGGAAAAUAUAUAAUAGAUUUUAAAAGAAGUAAUUGCUGACUAUGACAAUACAGAACAUAUAAAAUACAAUGUAAGUUUUGAUAAAAUUGAUGGUCUAUCCUAUAUACAGUCGAACUUGUGUUAAGGACCAUAUCCAAAUAAACAAACAACUUUCUGACAAACUUUUAUUGACGAAAAUACAACAUAGUAAACUCCUGAAUAAAGACCAUUUGUUUAUUAACUCCACGCAUGGUCUCUCCUUUGGAUGACCGUUAUUCACAAGUUUUACUAUAUUCACGAAUUAAAUAAUUCAGAUUGGAAAUUUUACAUUUAUAACAUUAAUAUUUCUGCUUAAAACAUAAGAAUCUUUAAUCCCUACGUAAACAGUAUAGAUGUAUUGUUCAAUAAAACAAAAAUGUUUUCUUUUUUUUUUUUUUUAGUAAAUACACCUUCAUACAUAAUUGCAAAUAUGCAAGCAGCACUUUCUUUUUGGUGCACUAUGCAGUGCGCUUUUACGCAAACUGAUUUCGUUAAGUG